GGCCCGCCCCGCUCCGCUCGGCGCCGCGGGACGCGCCGAGGCCGACGCCGCCGCAGGUCGCUGGGAGGGGCCCCCCGCUCCGCGCCGCCACGGCGCGCAGGAAGUGACGAGCAGUAGCGUGGUCAGCGCCUGGCCAUGGCGGAGCGGGUGCUGUUCAGGCGCGGCACCGGGCAGAGCGAUGAUUCGGAUGUGUGGGACGACGCGGCCCUCAUCAAGGCGUAUGAUAAGGCGGUGGCCUCCUUCAAGAACGCCUUAAAGAACGGGGAGUGCUCGGAGCUUUCGGACAGACAGGAGCAGCGCCAGGACGUAAAGAGAAGGAACAAUAAAAAGAACAAAAGCAGAAGGAGGACCAACAUGGUGCCUUCUAAACAGUGGAAAGUUGGUGACAGCUGUAAUGCCGUUUGGUCUGAGGAUGGUAAUGUGUACCUAGCAACUAUUGCCUCCAUCAAUCACAAGAGAGGCACGUGUGUUGUUACUUACACGGGAUAUGGAAACCAGGAGGAGCAGAACCUGGCUGAUCUACUUCCUCCAGCCAACGAUGAAACAAAUGAGAAUGAGACUCCAUAUUCAACAGAUGAAAGUGAAAAAUCUUCUCAGUCACCUGGAAACAAAAACAGCUUCAUGAAAGGAAGAUUCUUCCCUGAAAACCUACAUUUUCCUGUACCACCAGGAGUCCCAGGCCUGGGAAGGUCUGGAUCAAAAUUCAGGGCACCUCCAUCGUUUUUAUCUUGCUGGCCCCCACCCUUCCCAGCAGGACUACCGUUGGUUCCUCCUCCACCACCUCUGGGGCUGGACUCUCAUGAGGAUGAUGAAGCAUUGGGGAGCAUGUUGAUAGCCUGGUAUAUGAGCGGUUACCACACUGGGUAUUACCUGGGUUUAAAACAAAGUCGAAUGGAAGCAGCGCUGGAACGACAAGCACAUGCAAAAUAACUGAAUAUCCAUCACUGUUUUGAAGAGUUGUAAGUAUCGUCCUUUUGUGCUAAAUGAAGAUACAGUGUGGCUUGACCAAUCUGUUUGAAACUACAGUUCGUCUUACAAGCUCUCAACAAGUCCUCAAUUCUGUGAAAAAACUGUGAGCCUUGAGACUUCCAUCCACUCUUACAUCUCUACAAAGACCACUUCAGCCAGUAUUAAUCCCUUCUUUGCUUGGCAGCCAUGGAAUAGCAACCGUCUUGGCUAGAAUGGAGGAGAGUAUUUUAUUUCUCUGAUGAGAGGUUUUAACUACAGCAUGUCUCUACAUCAGGAUUAACAGCGCGGCUUACUUGCAUUACUAAGGGUUAACCUUAUUUGUUUAUGGGCUACUUUGAAAAUAAAAUGUAAAGUGAAAUGCAGUUUUCUCAUCUAUGCGCACAUCUUCAGAAGCAACUCCUUCCUCCAUACAGUUAGGAUUGCAGGAUGUGUAGCUGAACUUUUUUUCAGGACAAGAUCAACAUUUCAGUUUGAUAUUGUGAAGCGAUUCUGUUCUCUCUACGUCAGUGAUUGUGCUUUUAUUUGAAAUCCUGUGUUUAGAAUUCUCCAGUAUAUUGUUCAGUUCUUUAUAGAGCAAAACUAUAUUGUCUUGGGGACUUCUUUUUUUGAAGGCAGUAUCUAAUUUCUGUGCAGUUGAGUAAUUCUUUUUUUUGCUAACAAGCUGAAAAGCUCUUAUGUACUAAUUUUUGCUUCUUUCUUAAAGACAGGUACAAAUCUUUCCCACUGAGAGGUGUAUUCGCUUAUUCGCAGGUGGUUGAUGGUGAAGAUCAGACUUUUUUCAAGAAGUUAACAUUUUCUUAACAUUGGGCUGUCUCUGAUAACAAGUGAACAAAUAACUUGAGACUAGAAAUUGUGUGCAUUGAAAUGACCUAUUUCUUAAAGACCUCUAGUCAAAUGUAUUUAGAGAGCACUGUAGCAAUAAACUAUUUUUUACUUCUAUGAAACAAUUCUCUGUCUUUUUACCACAUGAUAGAUUUUAAGUCUUUUAACCCCAUGUGAUAGAUUUCAUUUAUCUGUCAUUUUAACAGCUCUUGUAUUCCCUGGGCUUCUUAUGUGAAUGACACCACCAGAACUAGUGAUUACAGUAUACUCUUUUAGGAGACAGCUGUAGCAGCGGUAUAUGCUACAGUGGCCACUGGUAGCAGUGGCCUGGAAAACAGUAUACCAUGAUGUUGAAAGAUAUCUUUACAGGUCUGUUCUGAAUCCUCAAUGUGACAGCUGGAUUCAGAAAGGCUUAUUAUAUCAGCUUUUUGUUUGUUUGUUUGUUUCAAAUGCUUGUGAAUAAAUUUUUACUUUUCAAA